UGUCCGAAUACAACCUUCAACAGAGCUUGACACGAGUUCGUUCAUUCAGAGUGAGAUAGAAUUGUUCAAGAGCUACUAUGGCGGUUUCUUCUCUCUCUGUUACUCCUCUUUCUCUCUCCAAUUCUUCUCCCUCUCUAUCUUCCAAGCUAAAGUCUCCAUCUUUGUGCCUUUUCUCGGGUAACUCCUUGAGGGUCACAUGCCCCAAGCCUCUGCAGUCAUCAACUGUGGUUCAUGUUGCUCCGGAAGUGUUGGAUUCUUCCCCUGAUCCCUUGGACCCACCUCCAGAAACCCUUGAUGAUGACUCUGAACCCACCACUUAUCAGGUUGGUGAAUUGGGGACUCCGAGCACUUCGGCAAUUAGCAUUGGCGCUGAUGCAGAUGCAAUGGCACCAAAGCAGAAGAUUAGAAUCAAGCUUAGAUCUUACUGGGUGCCCUUGAUUGAGGAUUCCUGCAAGCAGAUAUUAGAUGCAGCAAGGACUACCAAUGCAAAAACGAUGGGACCUGUGCCAUUGCCAACCAAGAGGCGAGUCUACUGUGUUCUUAAAUCCCCUCACGUACACAAGGAUGCUCGGUUUCAUUUCGAGAUCAGAACUCACCAGCGUCUCAUUGAUAUUCUGUAUCCUACUGCUCAAACAAUAGAUUCACUUAUGCAACUAGAUCUUCCUGCUGGUGUUGAUGUUGAGGUCAAGCUCUAGAGAGAUUUUCUUCUUAGGUUGCUAACUAUCUUGAAUUUGAGGGAAGUUCAACUUGUUAUCAAUAGCCAAAUACAUUAGUAGAUAUCAUGUAUUUCGCUGCCUGAACUUUACUUGUGUGGACGAUGCAAAAUAUUCUUUUGUUUGCUUCACCUUCUGUCUUCAACAAGGUUUUCAUUUAGUCUAUCCCCGAGUUCCUGUUAUUGCACAGAUAUGUGUAUAUCAUAUUUAAUGUUAUGUAAUUCUGAUAUGUCACAAUGUUUUAUUUU